AACAAACCGCAACGCAACCUUGGAAGUCCAGAAUUGAUGCCUUCAGCAACCUGCUAAACUACAAAUCUGGUGAAAGCGAUAUUACCGUCUUUGCAAAAGCUCGAUAGCCACCGUACAGGAUUCCAUGGGCCGUCGCCCUGCAAGACUUCGUCCUAUGUCUAUGGGUAAUGCGUCGAGUAGUUCGUGGUUACCGUUUCCGCUCAGACGAUGUUUCGCACAAACUGAGCCUGCAAGCUAUCGAUAUCAUCAGGUAUCCACAGAAGAUUCCCAAAGAGAGCCAAAGUCCUGGUACGGUUGUUGGAGAAUCAUGGUUCCUGGGUCUUUUCUCGGCAUCUUGAUCAUUGGGGGCGCAGUGUAUUUCAAUCGACAACUUGAGCUCUCCAUACCACUACCGAGCUUGUACGAGGCAGAUAUUGACGCUGUUGCUGAUGGUUUGGAACGAAGUCUUUUCACAAGCUUACAUCUGGUCAAGACCUACAUCGCCCGCAUCGAAGAAGUGAAUGACGUUUUGAGGCCAGUCACUGAGAUUAAUCCCGAUGCGCUGGUCAUAGCCGCUGCGCUUGACAAGGAACGUUCGGAAGGCAUGGUACGGGGACCAUUACAUGGCAUACCCGUACUCAUCAAAGAUACGAUUGCCACGAAAGAUAAGAUGAAUAACACAGCUGGAUCUUACGCCUUAGUUGGAGCCAAAGUUCCCGCUGAUUCUACGGUCGCGAAGAGACUUAGAGAAGCAGGUGCUAUAGUCUUAGGAAAGACAAACCCCAGCGAGUGGGGCAGUUUUCGAAUAUUUAAUUCGAGCAACGGCUGGUCAGCAUAUGGGGGUCAGACAUACGGACCCUUCUAUCCCCACCAAGACCCCUCUGGGAGCUCAAGCGGAAGUGCUGUGGCGGCAUCUCUUGGUCUGGCUACAAUUACGCUCGGUGCUGAAACGUGUGGAUCAAUCAUCGAUCCUGCCAGUUAUAACAAUGUUGUAGGAAUGAAGCCAACUGUUGGGUUUACAUCUCGACAUCUUGUAAUUCCGAUCAGCGAGCACAUGGAUACUAUCGGGCCUCUUACAAAAACCGUGAAAGAUUCAGCGUACUUGCUGCAAGGUAUUGCAGGUUUCGACGUUCAUGACAACUACACCUCUGCUAUCCCAGAAGAAGUGGAUAUGGACUUCGUUGGCGCCUGCAAACUCUCUGCACUUAAAGGCGCGCGGCUGGGUGUGCCUCGUAACGUCAUUCAACUAAUGUCAGAUGGACUCACACGGUCGAUAGUGAAGGCAUUUGACGACUCUUUGGAAGUUCUACGCGCGGCUGGUGCCGUGGUCCUAGAGAGCGACUUCCCUGCAGCGCAAGAGUUUCUAGACAACAGUAUGAUAGGCGCGAAGAUCAUGGGGGCCGACUUCGUUGUCAACAUCGAAAACUACCUGCGGCAACUUGCUUACAAUCCACAUAACAUUAAGAGCCUAGUUGAGCUACGCAAAUGGACGCAAGAUAGUUCACUAGAAGGAUAUCCAAGCAAACCUACAGAGCUCUGGGACUUUGUGUUGCAAAAUUGGAAUAAUACUGAAGCUGGAUUCUGGCAAGCAUAUCAGCAAGGUCUCUACUAUGAUGGUGAAGGAGGCCUGUUGGGUACCAUUGAGAGGCAUAACCUCGACGCCGUCUUACUACCAUCACAUUUUUCAUGGAACUUUGCUGGUAUUGCUGGUGCGCCGAUCGUUUCUGUACCGAUUGGGGCCAUGCAGUCUGACCAGCCCAUCGUCUCUGACGCUGAUGGAUUAGUGUCAUCGGCGCCCAACAUUCCAUUUGGUUUCAGUUUCCUAGGUGCAAAAUUCAACGAUGCAAAGAUUAUCGGAUUGGCCUACGCCUUUGAACAACGGACACUUGUAAGAGCUAAGGUGAAGCCGUAUAUCACACCGCGCACUGAGCUCUGGGAUAUCAUGGGAACAUAGAAUAGUACGGUAUGCCGAAGGCCUUGGCAUAGAAAAGUGUUGUUACAAUGUGUAGAUGAAAGAAGACUAAAACAUGGAAUGUAUAUCCGAAGUGCGCGCUGCAGUCUCGUUUC